AUGGAGAGAGCCGUUUUUCUUCGUUCUCUUUCCACUACAACCACACUCUCUUGUUCUCGAUUCUUUUCUCGCUCUUCUCACCGACUUGCUUCCCUCUCUUCCAAACGGCACCGUUUACUGUCCAACCUCCAAAGACGCUCUCUUUUUCGCAACCAUGUGAGACUCAUCUCCACCGCAUCGCCGCCUUCAAUCUACCUGAAAGGACACUUCUGCGCUCUAUCCACUCGAGCUAUUGCCACCUCUUCGCCACAAUCCUCUCCCGAUGUUCUUGGGGCUCAUGAUGAUGUUGCUGAGAAGUUUGGGUUCGACAAAGUUUCGGAGCAGUUCAUUGAGGAGUGUAAAUCGAGAGCUGUUUUGUAUAAGCAUAAAAAGACCGGUGCCGAAGUCAUGUCGGUAUCGAAUGAGGACGAAAACAAAGUCUUUGGCAUUGUUCUUCGAACUCCUCCGAAAGAUUCCACUGGAAUUCCUCACAUAUUGGAACACAGCGUUUUGUGUGGUUCGAGAAAGUAUCCACUGAAAGAACCAUUUGUUGAACUAUUGAAAGGGAGCUUGCACACCUUUUUAAAUGCAUUCACAUAUCCUGAUAGGACUUGCUAUCCUGUUGCUUCCACAAAUAUGAAGGAUUUCUAUAACUUGGUCGAUGUGUACUUGGAUGCCGUCUUCUUCCCUAAAUGCGUGGAGGACUUCCAGACUUUUCAACAAGAGGGGUGGCAUUAUGAACUGAAUGACCCUUCAGAGGAUAUAACUUAUAAAGGUGUUGUUUUCAAUGAGAUGAAAGGUGUUUACUCCCAGCCUGAUAACAUAUUAGGUCGAACCUCUCAACAGGCUCUUUUUCCAGACAAUACUUAUGGUGUUGAUAGUGGAGGUGAUCCACAAGUUAUUCCCAAGCUCACUUUUGAGGAAUUCAAGGAGUUCCACCGUAAAUAUUACCAUCCCAGUAAUGCCAGGAUAUGGUUUUAUGGAGAUGAUGAUCCAAAUGAGCGCCUGCGCAUCUUGAGUGAAUAUCUAGAUAUGUUUGAUGCAAGCUCAGCUCCCAAUGAAUCAAGAGUUGAACACCAGAAACUAUUUUCUGAACCAGUCAAGAUUGUUGAGAAAUAUCCUGCUGCUGAAGGUGGUGACUUGAAAAAGAAGCACAUGGUGUGCCUCAAUUGGUUGCUAUCUGAUAAGCCACUAGACUUGGAAACUGAGCUUGCUUUGGGGUUUUUGGAUCAUUUAAUGUUGGGAACUCCUGCUUCUCCCUUGAGGAAAAUCCUGCUGGAAAGUGGUUUGGGAGAUGCCAUUGUUGGGGGCGGGAUUGAGGAUGAGCUCCUUCAGCCCCAGUUUAGCAUUGGUUUGAAGAAUGUUUCUGAAGAAAACAUUCAAAAGGUAGAAGAAUUAGUCAUGAAUACACUGAAAAAGUUGGCAGAGGAAGGUUUUGAUUCAAAUGCUGUAGAGGCAUCAAUGAAUACCAUUGAGUUCUCUCUCCGAGAAAACAAUACUGGGUCAUUCCCUCGUGGUUUAGCCCUGAUGCUUCGCUCCAUCGGGAAAUGGGUAUAUGAUAUGGAUCCAUUUGAACCAUUGAAAUAUCAAAGACCACUGAUGACUCUGAAAGCCAGAAUAGCGGAGGAAGGCUCCAAAGCUGUUUUUGCUCCUUUAAUAGAGAACUUCAUCCUCAAUAAUCCUCACCGUGUAACCAUUGAAAUGCAGCCUGAUCCAGAGAAGGCUACUACUGAUGAAGCUGUUGAGAGAGAAGUUCUGGAUAAAGUUAAAGCAAGUAUGACUGAAGAAGAUCUUGCUGAGCUGGCACGUGCUACUCAUGAGUUAAAGUUGAAACAGGAAACUCCUGACCCACCAGAAGCCCUAAAAAGUGUUCCAAGCCUCUCUCUGCAAGACAUUCCUAAAAAACCUAUAUAUGUUCCCAUUGAGGUUGGUGAUAUCAAUGGGAUAAAGGUUUUGCGGCAUGACCUCUUCACAAAUGAUGUUCUGUAUUCUGAAGUUGUGUUUGAUAUGAGUUCAUUGAAGCAAGAACUUCUUCCUUUGGUACCACUCUUUUGCCAAUCAUUGCUGGAGAUGGGUACAAAAGAUAUGGAUUUUGUACAACUCAAUCAGUUGAUUGGAAGGAAAACUGGAGGAAUUUCAGUAUAUCCGUCCACUUCUUCAGUGCGUGGCAAGGAGCAUCCAUCCAGCCAUCUAAUUGUUCGAGGCAAAGCGAUGUCUGACCGUGCUGAAGAUCUAUUUAACCUGUUAUCACUACAAACACUGAAAUGUUAA